AUGUUGUGCACACAGGUGUUCACGGAGUUCGUGGAGACUGUAAAUGGUGUGCACUUCAGCCAUGAUCGCAACACCCUCAUCCUAACCAUUCACGAGGCGCAUCGCAUCACAGGCGAGGUCGCGCGACCCGUCGCGGAGCACGGCUUCAGUGUACAGCACCUCACCAACACCCGAAUCGUCAACAUUCGUGGGUCGGUUCCUGAAGGGGGCCUUCCGCACCUGCAGGGAGUGGAGGAUGCGCUGAAGGGCCAUUACCGCGUUAUGCUCAUGAAGCGUGCGAUAGCGGCGAAGCGGUUCCAGUUCGACUAUUCGGCAUCCAUCGCUGACGUGGAUUAUGGCCUCAUGCUCGAGUGGCUGGGAGAAGCGUGGACUCGCGUGCGCGCAGCAACCAUGCAGAGGAGCUGGUGGCGCGCCGGAUGCGUGCCCCUGAGCUGGCCGCCACUGAUGACGUACCUGAGUGACACGAGCGCAACGGGCAUGUUUGAGCCCCUCAUUGCGAUAUGCGUCGAGCUGCAGUUGCUCAUCGAGAAGUUCAAGAUGAGGCCUGCGUGCUAUAUGACGGCGGCCGAGUUCGUCAACUACGACGCGGGACUCUGCGUGGAGCAGGGGUUCAGGGCCACACCUGCGGCCAGCGCGUCGGAUGACUCGUCGGGCGAGAUGAGCCUGCCAGACGGCCCACUGCUGCGUGACGAGCGCAGCAGGCGGCGCGUGAUUCGCAACGUAACAAAUGCGUACGUGGAGCGUGCCGACGCGCUCGGCAUUCCCCCGGCCCUCGUGCCAGCAGAGGUCGGAGCAUCUAACCAGGAGGUGAUUUCCCGCCUCGGCAGGACGCCAGUCAAGCGUGCGCGCGCGGGGAUGCGCACUGAGGACGUGCCAGACCCAGCGGUGCGCGAGACUGAGGACAACGAGUGA